AUGUCAAUGGAGAUGAGUGGGGUCCAACAGGUAGUGAACGAUCCAGUAACGUCUAAAGAGAUAAUCCAGAUCAAAUCAGAGAUGGCGGAGAAAAGUUUAGGAGAUAUUAGAGAAGAAGAAGAUUUGGUUUGGAUAGGUCCAGAGAGACAGGAGGGUCAUUCAACAAGGACUCCCUCGAAACCUGUGAACAAGGCGAAGCCGGACUCGAGGCCUUUGAUUGAUCAACUUGCGGAGGCACUGGAGCUAGGUAGUGAUGGGGAGUUGACGGAGUUGAGGAAGGAGUUUAGAGAGCAAGCAGAGGAAAUCAGGUCGAGAGGAAAAGAAAAGAGAGAGGUGGAAGGAGGUAAAGGGAGGAGUAAGAAGGAGAAGAAAGGAAGGAAGGAGAGGAAGAGGGGGAAGAAAUCUGAGAAGGGGAAGAGAAGUAGAAAAUCGUCACCUUCAUCUUCCAAGGAGGAAUCCUCUUCGUCGUCAGAAUCAGAACCUCCGAAGACACCAAAGAAAUCAGCCGGUUUAGAAGGAGAAGACUCUUCAACGGAAUCCGGAUCUUCAGACUCGUCAGAUGAAGAAACGGAAUCAGAAUCUGCGAAAGGAAAGGUGAUCAAGAAGGAAAAACCGCUCACCUGGUCCUUCAAGAAAAUUUCCAACUUCGACCUACCAGAUUUACCCCCACAAUAG